AUGAGAAAUUCGGCAAAAUUUGUUCAUUUCCUUUGCUCAAUUAUUGGUUUAUCACAUGUCGUCUUUGGCACUGAGUUUACGUUCGACUUGGCCGCAAAUGGCGAGGAAUGUUUUUUCGAAAAUAUCAAUCAAAAUUCAAAGUGCCAAUUUGAGUUUCAAGUUGUGAGUGGCGGUCAAUUGGACGUUGAUGUCAUCAUUGAAUCACCUAUGAAACAAAUCAUAUACAAAGCGGAACGAAAAGAGCUCGAUCGGUUCAAUUUUAAUACAAGUGAAACUGGCGUACAUCGGAUUUGUUUCAACAAUCAAUUCUCAACGUUCACCGAAAAAUCGAUAUUCAUAUUAUUCGAGACUGGAAGGACGAAUCAAUUGCUGCAGCUACUUGAGGAGCAUGACCAUGAAAUGACAUUCAUGGAAUCCAGAGCAGAUCAAAUUCACGAUUAUUUGGAAAAUAUCAUCAACUUGCAGACAUACUACCGUCUGCGAGAAGGUUAUGGUCGUCGAUUUGCCAAGGAGCUGAACGAUCGCGUUCUCUGGUGGUCUGUAACGCAGACAUUCGUUAUUUUGAUUAUCGGCAUAACGCAGGUGCUGGUACUACGGAAACUGUUCGAAAAGGAUCCAAGUUCAAACAAAUCAAAGAUCACGCUUGCCCAUCAGAUUGAAGUUUUCGGAUAA